AUGCCCACAGGUUCUGCAAUAACCGCUCCAUCGCCGUCGUCGCCGCCCGCCGUUUACUACGCGCCGGCUGCAGCGCCGUCAGCUGCUCCCUCGUCAGCGCGCCGCCGAUCUCGCGAAGUCACCGCCGGUGCCAAUAAACAGGCCUCAGCCACCUCUGAUGAAUUCGAUGUGCCCUUGCAAGUAAACGCGGACAUCCAGUAUAUCUGGAUGCAAUGGGCUGAUUAUACCGCAACAGUCAGGGUACGCAUGUUCCCCAUCGAUGACUCCAACACAUACCAUGGGGACAGCAUUUGA